CUGCACUUCGAGAUUUGCACUAUUUCGCAUCCGAAAGCGGCAGGGAAAGAACCGGAAACCCUGUAAGUGGUGGGGCAGGGCACGUUAGCAAGAGGAGAGCGAGUGUGCGUGAUAAAGAAUAAACACAAAGGCAGCAAGCUUUCCCCUGGCUUCCCGACCUCCUCCUCUACAGACUGCGGCGUCGACCAGGGCCUGAGGCGAGGGUGCGGAGAGACAAUAAAAGACCGAAAAGCAGUGAGAGAGAGAAAGGUAGAGGGGGGGGGGGGAGACUCCGAAGAAUCGAGAAGCACAAAAUGUCGCGCGUAGCUCAGCGUACCGAGUCGUCGUUGGGCUGUUGCUGGCGCCGCGACUGCCGUCGCAGUGCCCGCGUCGCACCGGAGGAUAUCGCCGGUUCGGCCGGGGUGUGAACUCCGUGGCUUAGACGAGUGUGAGACUGAAGCGCGUGACGACUACUGUGCUCGUCGCAGUGGCCUCCAUGAGUGAGUGACAAACGGACAUGCGUCCUCGCCAACGAAGAGGGUCUCUCGUAAGAACGAGACCUGAAAUGAAGCGUAACAGAAGCCUACCUGCCUCGAAGUGCAUGGGAUGGGCCAAAGAAUAGUAAUCCGGUUCUUGAAACAGUAGCAUCGUUAGCUGGGGCCCGGACCAUUUGAAGCGAUUUGGAGAGGGAAAAAAACUGCGCGACAGCAUCUACAGACAUGGGGAGCUGCGUUUCGGCCUUGUCAAGUGUCGGCGGAGACCGGAGUCGUCGAGAGCGGACGUUUCAGGUGUGGAACCUGGACGAGCAGGGCGCCGAGGUGAGCCCGGGCAAGAUCGAGGUGAAUGCGAAUGACCUGGUGCUGUACCAACGCGGCCGACCACCUGUGCGGUGGCCCCUGCGCGGUCUGCGCCGCUACGGCUUCGAUGCGCACCUCUUCUCCUUCGAGAGUGGCCGCCGAUGUCCCACGGGAUCGGGCAUCUACGCCUUCAAGUGCCAUCGCGCGGAGGCGCUCUUCAACGCCCUGCAGGAGUGCAUACAGAACUCGGGCGCCGCAUCCGCCAUGACAACGACCAUCAGCAGUUCGGCGUCGGCCCCCGACCAGCAGCAGCCGGUGCCACCUUCCAGCGUGGUCCCGCUGACAAGCCAGAGGAACGACAUCAUCUUUCCGCCACCAGUCAGCAAUGGCCCCACUGUCGACUCGUCGGGCUACCUCGAACCCAUCUCUCUGGGUCCGCUACGUCCUCCCACGACGACGCAGUCAAACGCAGUCGCCAUUACGAUGCCCGCCGCGAUGGCGCAGAACCUGCCUCAACACGUUCAGCAUUCCUACGUCAACUCGUGCGCCCAGUGUGGGCAGCCACACCCGCCGCCCUGCGUUGACAUCAACACUAAUUACGCCAAGUUGGAUGACCUACUCAGACAGGAGGCAGUCGUCAAGCAGAGAGACAGCAACCACUUUUAUGUCAACGUGAACCCCAUGCCCUUGGGUCAGCAGCAGCAGCACCAACAGCCGCCACCGUCGCAGACACACUCGUAUGCGAACCUAAGCUGUCCGGCGUCUCCCGAGCGCGCUGUGCCGUCAUCAUCAGCAGCGUCAUCAUCAACAGCAGCAGCAGCUGGCCUCGUCAAUAACGGCGGGUCGGCAGACGAAGUUAACUACGUGGUGCUUGACCUGGACCACCAGAGCGACUCGAGCACGAGUGCUGUGUCACCCAUGGUGACAGCAGCGCCUGCAGUGGGCACAACGGCGGUGGCGCCAGUUGGCGCCAUUGCAGCAGGGGCCGCGACCACUACGCCGGGCUCGCAGCCAACGUCACCCAUACGCGCGCCCGAGGGCUACGCAACUAUAGACUUUGACCGGACGGCCGCACUAUCCAACUCGGCCAACCCAAGCGCACACCACCACGACGACAGCGUGCGCAAGACUCGCCACAACAGCAACGCAGUGCCCGUGCUGUGCUGAACGUUGGGGAUGUCUCGAGGUAAGCGCGCGUAUAGGUGAGCACUGUGGCCCAGCUGAUACAUGCAUUCUCCAACCCUGCUAACCAGAAGCUGACUACCACAACGACAGCUCGUGCAAGACGAGCUACUACAGCGAUGUUCGUCAGUGGUCUGCCAAGCGACAAGGGAUCUUUUAGGGUAUGGGUGCAUCUGUGUGGGUGUGACAAUAACCUUCCCUGAUGAUAAUGUGAUGAGAGAACACCCCAAGUUGCUGCUCUGCAAGUGACGAGGCCACAGCGGAUGUCAAGUUUGGCCUCAGUGUGGAGUUCUGGAAGUUUGAGGCAACGAGUGCACUUAUGCGCUCUCCUCCUGGAAUGCCUACUGCUGUCCAGGCCUCCUGGCAACUGAUCACAACUGGCCUGCCAGAUUUGUGCUGUGAGCUAUGCAGUGCUCCCAAGACAUAGCACUGAGCUCUUGCUUUAAAGGAGGCACAAAUGGUGUCUGGGUGACACCACUUGAGUGUUUGGUGCAUGUGCAUGCUCUGUGUGAAUGGUGUUCAUGGGCUAUUUGUGCAUGCUCUGGUGAUGGCCGAGAAAAGCUGCCUCAGUGCUGGCAUUCAAAUUAUUGACUAGCUGGUCGUGGAAACGAUACUUGCCAGGUUAUAUGCUCUGCUCAGUUUCUGCUUUGUUCAAAGAGUAAUAGGUAUUGAAACACGUUUUCAACCACCUACCAUAUCUGCAAAAUUCUAACAAGCUCCUGAUUUUUAUAGCAAGAACAAGUGCAGCAAGCUUCCUAUUUUUGGAGUCAGAAAAGAAAGGAAACAUGCGAAAUUUAACAUCACAGGAUCAAAAUUUAGCCACUAUGAUCAGCAUGUAAAUUAAGUCUUCUUUUGAACGAGCCUUCAUAAUGAAAGUGAGAAAUCGCUGGUGAUCCUUUGAGCAUUGCCAGCCAGGAAAACAAAGCACGAAGAUUCAAGCAUAGUAACCUACACGGGAACUUGUUCCAUCGCCAUCUUGUGAUUGCAAUCGUGUUGGCUCUGACAGUGAGCUGUGACCAAUGCCGCAAACGCAGCGUAGUUAUAUAGGUCCGAUUGUAACGUGCAGGCAAUUCGUCAACACAUUUUCUGGGAAAGAAAGUGCGCCUUUGAAUAAUUGGGUGAAUACAGUACACUUGGUUUCGUGUACAAUUGCUGUGUGCAAAGCCAUGCAUUAAGAUGCUAGUGACAUCUGAAAAAAAACUUGCAAUGCAUACAAACAACCUUUUCUUGUUUCUCUAUCUUUUUAGGUAAGUUUUAUUUGUUCUAGUCACUUAAUACCUUAGCUACCAUAAUAACUUAGUACAAUAAUUAAAGCGCACACAACGACUGAAAACAAGAGUACAAGAAUGGUAAACUAAGUGACACGCUCUAAUGUACUGUCUCUGUCAGAGUUAAGGAAGUUUUCAGGUGCCUAUCACCAGAAGAGUUGCCAAGCAUGAUUUUUCUGCCCAUGUGGCAUGGGCAGAAAAGAGUUCUUGUUUGUGGUCACGGUUUGCAGAGGUCUGUAGACUUUUUAUCGCAGAUGGUACACCUUUGUCACGAGAGCUACCAGCUCUGAAGGCAUCACAUCUUAUCUACAGCCAAAACACGAAACUUCAGAUUCUUAGUUGCCGGGUUUAAUUCAUUAGGGAAUACAGAUUGCGUUUUACCAGCAGACACGCAUUUUUUUGUGCCAGAUUGUAGCAAUGGAUGGCAACUUUCCUCUGGUCUGUCACGAUUGGUGUAGUACAGAGGCCAGUGCAUUUAACUGGUAGCAGAAAAAAUAUUGGUUGCCUGCUUUGCGACCUGUAAAUGCGAAGUUAGCCAUAUGCCAUGCAUGUGUCCUCAUAAUGCUGUUCCAUACAGCAAAUAGUCAUGUCAGAGCAUCUAUAUUGGCUGCAAACAUGGCAUUGGCUUUCUGCAGCCAGUGGUGGUUAGAAUAACUGAAAAGGCAGAAACUUCCACAUUGGCAUGGUGUAUUAACCAUAUAUGGCUUUUCUCGCGCUUGUCUCGCGCUACACUACUGUUUCUCUUAAGAGAGAUGACGUCCUGUGUAUAUGAGGCAUGCUUUGUGCAAGACUAUGUAUGUAAGUACCAUAUAAGCCUAGAGGUAAAAUACAGAGGAGGACUUAUGAGCUUUCCGAGUUUGAUAGAAUGUUUUGCAGUCUUUGCAGAUUAACAUAGCUGCAAGAAUCCUUUCUCAUCAACUUUUCUUGGCAGGUUGAUGCAAAGUUCUCAUUGAUGUUGACGCUAACCUUAAGUUAGACCUGAAGAGCAUGACUGAGUUGGGCUUGCAUGGCUUGCGGUUGUAUUGCUGUAUGAUCUCAUGCUAGGCAGUAACUGUCACUGCUUCUGGCUGUUCUACAAGUCUGUUUUGCGAAGUAGUUAGGGCUCUGAAUGAGGUCACUUUUAUUUAUUGACAUAGAAACAUUUACAGCAGCUAACCUCGAGUUUGUUUCACUUGGGCAUUUUUAUUCUACGCAUGUUUUACACAUUUUUACAUGCCUGGACAGAGAACCGUUUCAUCAGUGUGCUGACAUAAGCCAACGCAUUAUUAUCCUUGACCGUAAAUCUUUUUUUUUUUUUUGCACAUCAGAAGUGUUUGUGGAAGGAAUCGUCAUUAGCAGUAAUCGAAACGGUCUAACUGAGCAGUUUCACUUGCAGAAAAUCGAUGCUUCCUGCACUUCUUCAGAAACAUGCUUCAACGGCAGUGCAAAACCCAAGUGCUAGCUCAAAUGUUAUCUUCACUCACAAAUGAGCCUGCAUCCAAUACCUGCCAUUUUCUUUUUGUUGGCUUCGUGACUGCACAUGUAGCAGGGUAUUCUUGCAGGGUAAUGUUGCGUCAUACAAUGACCAGGCCCAACUGCCAAACUUGGCCGUAUGCCAGCUGGAGUCACGUUUUAAGUAUUUAAGUAUUCCAGCUACUGACCAAAGAUGACGAGGUGCUAAUGUUGGAACCUGAGCCAGUUGCAUUUCACGGGCAUUUCUCUCACAUCACCACCAAAGAAAAGGCACCGUGUGUUAUUGACGUGUUAGCACUUGUUUUAGCCAAAGCUUGUUUAUGUUUCAUUUGUUUGUCAAUUUAAGCAUAUAUUUUGCAAAGAUCUCAUGAAGUGUUCCUCAUUUUUUGCAUGUUUUUUUUUUUCUUCUUUUAAUAUGCAUGUUAAUGUGUGUAGCAACAAGUAUGCGACUUUGAAUGAUGGAGCAUUAUAUAAUUUAUCAGCUUGUAUGCAGUGGGCUCCAGUGACCUGUGGUCAUUUGAUACGUGGCUCUAUCUGCAGCCAUUUUUACUUUUUCCAAUACAUGUUUACGUGGAAGGAGUUUCUUCAAGGUUAAUCAUGCUUGUACUUGCUGGUAUUUACAAGGUGGUUGAGUCACUGGUCCUGAUUGAGGUCUCAACUAGGUAAACUUGUAAGCCCUGAAAGGCUGCUUUAUUGACACAAAAUAACAUUUUUUUUUAAUUUUCACUUAAAUUCAGGCACAUGUACCGUCCAGUGUUCAUCCACGAAAACGAAUGUGACACACAUUUCAAAACUAAGCAUUACAAACAGAUGCUUUCAAAAUAAAUCGCAGUAUUUACAUUUCCUAUUGAUGUAAACACACAGCUGUGUAUUUUGCAUUUCUUGUAUAAUGAACCGUUCAAGGAAACAUGAAGCUAUGAGCAUUUUUUACAGGCAGCUUCUGUUAAAAACGUCCUUUUCUCUCUUUGACAGGUGUAACUUUUUAAACUAUGCUCAGCCAUGCCGGCUGUCCAUUGCAGUGUUAAACCUAAUUUUGUUUCUACUGAAACCGUAUACUACCACACCACACUUGCAAUGCAAUUGCCUUUUGUUGUCAGUAAUAAGCAUGUGGAAGUAUGCUACAAAGUUGGUCUUCGCCACAAUUGCUCUUCACAGCAGUGUGUUGUGCUAAUUUUUAGCCUCUACAGACACUGCAUCUAAGCCUAAUUUUCUUUGUACAGAAGUCGUACUACCACCCCAUCAAAACAGUUGCUAUUGCCAGUAGUGAGCAUGUGGUAGGUAUGGUUUCUGUACAGACAACCAAAAUUAAGGCUCAGCCACACAGCUGCCAUUUGCCCAACGUUGUUAGUCUCAUGUCUGUCCAAAACCUGUGGCUAAGCCUAAUUUUGUUAUUGUCUACUAAAAGUACUGCGACAUGCUUAUUCACAAACAGCAAUGGCUUUGCAGCUUCUGUUCCACCUUCUCAGCUAAUUUUAUAUGCAAUGUUAUCACUGUUGCAGAUUUUUAAAGCUUUGAAGCUAUUAAUCUAACGCCACAUGGAUUCACCAAAGUAAUCGAGUUAAACCUGCGUUGUGCUUCAAAGUUUACUACGUAUCAUUGUUAAAAAUGCAUAGUUAAAUCUGGAGCUACGUUUAAUGGGCAAACAACGGAUAUGCCUCAGUCGAAAGAAUGUCCACAUAUGCUUCCUGUAAGCAAUAUUUUAUGCUUGUCCUGUUGCCUUUAUUAUGCCAAGCACAAUGUGCAUGUAAAUGUAUGCUGCGGCAUGUCAAGCGGCCAAGUGAGGUUUGCAGAAACGUAAGAAACUGUUAACUGUUAUAUUAACUUCAAAGUUCCUUCACAAUGUGCUAUGCGAGCUGACGUGAAAGCUUGAUUCACAUUAAUAGUCGGUCACACAUUAAUAAUUCACAUGACACAUUAAUAGUCGGUCCAUCUAAUCAGAAGAGAACGUUGGUUCAGGGCCAACUCAGAGUGUGUCAUUUAAAUGUAUGUGAAAGGUAGAAAUGUUCUUGUACUACUGAAAUGAUUUGAAUAUGUUGUAUUAAAAAAAAAAAGAAGGGAAGUACAGAGAUUACUGGGAGCUAAUUUGUUCUAGGUCGUUACUUAAAAUAAUUUUUUUUUUCAAUAUUUCCAGCUGCAAUUGUCAGCGAGUAAAUUGGAACAUGGCAAUCUAUUCUGGUAUUGCCAUCAGGCAGAAAUUUUAAGAGGGCACUUUUGACUUAUUCAGCAACUGUGGCUUUUCUGGUUAAGCAGUUAUAAAAGGUUUGUUAAGGUUAAAGUUCUGUAAUCGGCUGCCUAGUCCUAGCUCGUGCCAGAUACCAAAGACCACAAAUGCGAGUGUUUGAGGCAUUUUCAGAUGGUGUGUCGUUCAGGUGCUAACUUCGGGUGCUCUUGUGUAUCCAUUCCCUGUUACUUUACGUACAUUUACAGUCGUGAGCAAAAGUCUGGAGACCACAGGUGCUACAAAAUUACUAUUCUGUUCGCUGCCUAGGCAUGAAGGCUCAAAUCGAGUAGUGUAGCCCAAUGUGCACCUGUUCAACCAAUGUAAUGCAUUGCAGUAAUUCCACAUUGCUUGGCUGUGCUAGAAUAAACUUUUUGCUGAUGACAUAGUCUCCAAGCUUUUGCUCUCAGCUGUACCUUUGGUGGUGCUAGUUGCCAGAAAAAAAAAAUACAUGGCAGAUCUUGAGAAUGUGUUUAAACUACGUCGUACAGAUGUUAAACCCACCAACGGUUGAUUCAAAGUACAUGUUUACUUCAAGUGUUGCGUAUACACGAAUGUCGGUAAUGCAAGUUGUGUUUGAGGCCUGUUGAAGUUUUCUGCACACUGUACAGAGGCACCAGGGCAUUAAGUGUAAAUCUCAAAUAUCUCUGGCAGCAAUUUUUCGUGUGUCCGUUGAUCGCCAACUGCCUUUGCCGGGUUGCAACAGCGUGUAGUGUUACUGUGUGUAGGCGACAAACUUCUGGCUCUGUUGCAAACUCGCAAAAGGACAGAACUGUACAGAGUGUGAGCUUUUAUGUAACUGUGAUUGUGCGUGUUUGUUGUAUGAUAUAUGGGUGUUGCUCUCGCUGUAGCUAAGCAUUUCUUCUGUAUCCGUAUGACAGGAAAAAUGUUGACGAGUACCUUAACAUUGUGCCUCUGAAAGAAAGCGGACAAACGGAAUCAAGUUGCUAAAAAAGUAACUUCCCAUGAAGUUGGUGUCAAAUACUGCCCGAGUCUCUAGUGUGACCUUCUGCCAAGUUGUUUGCUCAAAACAAAAAAAAAAAAUUGUAUACAUGUUAGCGGCAUUUUACUGUAGAAUUCUUUUCAUUCCUACCGGCAACAUUCUGGCAACUCCUAACAGGCAUUCAAAUGUCACAUACUUUAUUUUAGAAUGCAGAGAUAUGGCAUUACCUUUAGCCGGAACACAUAGCCAUCUGUGCACACAAUAUGGCAUGCACAUAAUAGAAGCAAUGCUGCUAACCCAUUUUUUUUUUAUCAGUUAAGGUAUGCGAGAUGUGUUCUUGGCUAGCAAGAAGUCUCGCAAGGAAUGCAUUCAUUCUCACAUUUAUACAAGCUCUAAUUGCAACGUGUUCAUUGUGGUUCUUGUACUAUCUGGCUGCCUGUGCCGAUUUUCGAAAAAUUUGCUCCACAUCUCUCACAAUUGCGGUUUAAGACAUCUCCAUACAGUGUGCUUGUUAAACUUUGCAUUUGAACUUGUUAGUUCAAAUAAUGCUAGCAACCUAAGAGGUUUCAAAAUGGAGGCAGCUAUUUAAAUCAUGCGCCGAGUGACCGCACAUUUCCAUUUCAGCGCCUCCUAGCACUUGGCAGUUGGUCAGCACACACUGGGCAUUUUGUUUGAGCCGCAAUCAUUAUUGUAUCAAGUGUCCGCUGCAGAAAAAAAAGGAAAUGCCAAAGAUAGAGUAAAUACGUACCUGUUAACAUGUCCGCUGAUUCCUGAGAAGACGACUACUAUUUAUGGAGAAAAGGUGAAAUAAAAAAGCUUCAUAUCGUUCUA